AUGGCUCUGGGGAAUGGCUCUUUCAUGACUCAUUUCUUUUUGGUGGGAUUAACAGACCAUCCAGAUCUCCAACUCCCUCUGUUCUUCCUGUUUCUAGUAAUGUAUGUGGUCACUGCAAUGGGAAAUUUGGGCUUGAUAAUCCUAAUUGGGCUGAGUUCACACCUGCAUACCCCCAUGUACUUUUUCCUCUUUAACUUGUCCUUCAUUGAUCUCUGUUAUUCUUCUGUGUUUACACCCAAAAUGCUGAUUAACUUCAUAUCAAAGGAGAAUAUUAUCCCCUAUAAAGGGUGCAUGACCCAGCUUUACUUUUUCAGUUUUUUUGGUAUUUCUGAAUGCUAUGUGUUGACAUCAAUGGCCUAUGAUCGCUAUGUGGCCAUCUGUAAACCACUUUUGUACAACAUUGCCAUGUCCCCUAAAGUGUGUUCCAGUCUUAUGCUUGGUUCAUACUUGAUGGCAUUUUGUGAUGCCAUGACCCUCAUUGGAUGCAUGCUGAGACUGACCUUCUGUGAUGCAAACACCAUCAACCAUUAUUUGUGUGACAUCCAUCCUCUGCUCCAGCUCUCCUGUACAAGUACUUACAUCAUUGAGCUGGAAGUUUUCAUUGUGGGAGGCAUCAACAUCAUUGUGGCCAGUUUCACCAUCUUUAUCUCUUAUGGCCUCAUCCUCUCCAACCUCCUCCACAUUAGCUCUACAGAGGGUAGAUCCAAAGCCUUUAGCACCUGCAGUUCUCACAUCAUUGCUGUGUCUCUGUUCUUUGGAUCAAGUGCAUUUGUAUAUCUCAAACCAUCUUCUGUGUCCAUGGAUGAGGGAAAAAUAUCUUCUGUCUUUUAUACCAAUGUGGUUCCCAUGAUGAACCCCUUAAUUUACAGCUUGAGGAACAAAGAUGUAAAACUCGCUCUGAGAAAAACCCUGAGGAUUGGAAAGUUUUGA